GCUGUCUCUUUCUUUAUCCCUCUCUCUCUCUCUCAUUUUCUUUCUUUUUUUUUUUGUUUUCCCCUUUUCCCUCCCUCUUAUCCCUUUCGUGGUGCAUUUGUCUUCGAGGAACCUGGGGUGUUCUUUUCAUCAGUUCAAUCUCUCUCUGGCACUUGAGUCCUGAUUGGCUGAAGGACUUAGGGAAAAAAAAAUCUUUAAUUAAGUAGAUAAUCUCUUCUUAGGAAGUUCUGCGGCUCCAUUUCACCAACCCCCUUUAGCUCUUACUUUAGGAUUGGUUACCCUUUGCAGAAGUUGGGAUUCAGGGGGCAUACGCCUCUUCAUCACACCAGGACCGCCGGGUGGAAAAUAACUCCAUCCCUUCCCUAAUUUUGCUGUGUUUCUUUUUUUCUUUUUUUUUUUCUUUUCUCUGGCGGUGGUGGUACCCAAGAUUUUUUUUAGGAUCUCCUUUUUCCCUCUUUAUUUGGAUUUUAUAUUUCCCAUGGACCCUUAUCUGGGCAUCUUCUUCCUCACUCCCUUCUUCCAAUCCUGCUGUGCCUGGUCAGUGAAUAAUUUCCUGAUGACAGGCCCCAAGGCCUAUCUCAUCUACUCCAGCAGCGUGGCGGCCGGGGCACAGAGCGGCAUCGAGGAGUGCAAGUUCCAGUUCGCCUGGGACCGCUGGAACUGCCCCGAGAGGGCACUGCAGCUCUCCAGCCACGGCGGGCUGCGCAGCGCAAACCGAGAAACCGCUUUUGUCCAUGCCAUCAGCUCUGCGGGUGUCAUGUACACGCUGACCCGGAACUGCAGCCUGGGAGAUUUUGACAACUGUGGCUGUGAUGACUCCCGCAAUGGACAGCUGGGGGGGCAAGGCUGGCUGUGGGGAGGCUGCAGUGAUAACGUGGGCUUUGGGGAAGCCAUUUCCAAGCAGUUUGUGGAUGCCCUGGAGACUGGACAAGAUGCCAGAGCUGCUAUGAACCUGCAUAACAAUGAGGCGGGUAGAAAGGCUGUGAAAGGGACCAUGAAGCGGACUUGUAAAUGCCAUGGCGUGUCGGGGAGCUGCACCACCCAGACCUGCUGGCUGCAGCUGCCUGAGUUUCGGGAGGUGGGCACUUACCUCAAGGAGAGGUAUCACAAAGCCCUGAAGGUGGACUUGCUGCAGGGGGCAGGGAACAGCGCUGCCAGCCGGGGUGCCAUCGCCGAGACCUUCAGCUCCAUCUCCAAGAAGGAGCUAGUCCAUUUAGAAGACUCUCCUGACUACUGCCUGGAGAACAAGACGCUGGGGCUGCUGGGCACGGAGGGCAGGGAGUGCCUGAAGAGGGGCAAGGCGCUCAGCAAAUGGGAGAAGCGGAGCUGCCGGCGGCUGUGCGGGGACUGUGGGCUGGCAGUGGAGGAGAGGCGAGCAGAGAUGGUGUCCAGCUGCAACUGCAAGUUCCACUGGUGCUGCGCCGUGCGGUGCGAGCAGUGCCGCAAAAGGGUCACCAAGUACUUCUGCGUCCGCAAGGAGAAGCGGGAGCGGAGUGGGGGUGGUGGGGCCAGCCGCAAGCUCAAGAGAAAGCUCUAACUUGCUUCUGCUCCUCCAUGGCCCUUUCUGCCCCUCUGCUCCCCUGCCCUCCCCAUCAGCCCCUGGCAACAUUUCCCUUUGGCUUAGUUUUGUCUCGAUCCCAAUGCUGCCUCACUGGGGCUGGGGCAAGGCAAAAGAGCUUGCAUGAGCCCCUAGACCUUGGCCGUACAGGGCAUUUCCCAUUAAUGCAGUGGGUGAUGACCUCUGGGAAGACCCUCAAGUGUUGACAAAACAAGGUGAGAUUUGGUCCCCUCAACUCAGAGUCACUCUAUCCAGUGACUAUGGUUUUAUUGCUGAAAACACAGGUGGUCUUGGUGGCUCCUGCUCUUUUGAGUUUGUCUAUUCCCCAAACAAGCACCUGCUCUGGGGUUUUUAGUAAGUGAGAUCAGCACUUAGGAAAGCACAAGGAGAUGGCACCACCACCAGAGUUGGGCAACUCAGAGUGGUAAUCCCUAAAACAGAAGACGCUUCUAGUACCCUAAAAAAAUAGAGGCACUAAAAUAAACUUGUUAUUGCUUUUUAUUAAGCCCUACUCUGUAAGGGAAUAGAAAAGGUGUGCAACUCCUUCCCGCAGCAAGCCAGCCUCCAGAAGGCCCACAGUGUCACUUCCCAUCCUUUGACAGCUUUGCUAAACUCUCCAGUGCUUUACUUUGCAUUCGGGAUGGCAGCA